AUGGUGGCCAUUAGUAAGAUGGUUUUAGAGGCUGGUUACGAAUGUUGUCAUUCGGUGGCGGCUGCAAAAGAUUUGUUAUCAAAAUUUCCACGAGAAAUUGAGGAAUCGGAUGUCGCCGAGACAUUGGGUUGUAUGGCACGCACGUAUACGAACAUGAGUGGCGUUGGCACAGGACCAUCAAGCGAAGAGCCGAGUUGGAAUAUCACUCAUUUUAUGGGGGCCCUGAAUGAAAAGGCACCUCAUUUGGAUUGGACGCAAGUGAUGAAAUAUUUGGACUAUGAGCAUUUCUUUCUCUACGAUGCGAAAGGCUUGGAAAUCCUUCUUGAAGCGUGGAAAUGCAGUCCCAAGGGUAACGAACCGUUUCCUGCGCAUGUGUUUUUCGGUCGAUGGGCCAAUCUCAAAGGUCAAUUGAGUGCAUUGUAUCAGCUCGCCAAUUCCUCCUCGACACUCUUGUCCUUGCCGUGCUAUUCAAAACCGGUGAUCGCCAUGGACAAUUUUGCUUCGUCCAGCCACGCCAUUCAGACCCAGGCAGCCUUACUUGUCCAGGAACAGUUGAACUCGCUCGAUCUAUUUGAAUGUGUUAUGGGCAUGGCAGACAGCGUGGUCGCGGACGACGUGAAAGUUUUCUUGGAAUUGAUGGCGAAACGACAUCCAGAGUUGGUCUUUCUCAGCCUUUUCCAAAUCCAGCCUAUCACAACGGCCCUACAUCGGAAGUUCGUCAUACAAUUGUUGGAUUUUUUUUCAAGCGGCAAUGGCGCGAGUCUUUUGGUCAUGACCAAGCUCUGGCAACUGAAUCCUGAAUUUUAUACACAAACCAUACUAGAAAUGUAUACAAAAGAUGCCACUUCGUUGACACGCAUUCUGGAUUUCACAAACGAGUUAAAGAUUUUGCCAACGAUGCUGGAUGUGUCGGCUUCGCUAUUCAAUAUCGAUUUAGCGGCGCUUGCAUCUCGGUACGAGUAUCUGAACUUGGGAAAAUGGCUGAAAGAAAAGAUUCAAGCACAACAAGAUGCCUUUAUCUAUGCCUGUUUGACAUUUUUGCAUCAAAAACAUUCAGCCGAAGUGGCCCAUUACAACACCAAUGCCCCCUUGACGACCGUUCCUUUGGCUCCAGAAACGGCGACCUUGUUUUUGCGAAUUCUAUCCGAAUGCUCCAUGUCGCCCGACAAUACCGAAGUAUUCAAUGGGAUUCAUAAACUCUAUGCACCCAAGCUUUCGGCUACGAACACGGCGCCCAAUAAGGAUGAAAAUGGAAACACCAGCAAUGUAUCGUUCAAACCAGACGUUGAAGAGGAAGCCAAUUCAAACUAUGAGCGAAUUUAUAACGGCCAAAUGACGAUUGACCAAAUGAUUACUCAUUUCAAGACAUUGAGCACUUCCAACGACGCGCGCGAUCAAGACGUUUUUGCAUGUAUGAUUCAUAAUCUGUUUGACGAAUACCAUUUCUUUCCCAAGUACCCAGAGAAAGAAUUGGCCAUUACCAGCGUUUUAUUCGGUCAGUUGAUUCAGCAUCAGUUGGUAUCGUAUGUUCCGCUGGGGAUCGCUUUGCGUUGUAUUUUGGAUGCACUUCGCAACCCACCUGGAAGCAAGAUGUUCAACUUUGGCGUGGGUGCUCUCACCCAAUUCCGCAGUCGAUUAUCAGAAUGGCCACAGUAUUGUACCCGGUUAAUGCAGAUUCCCAACUUGCAACAAGCCGAUCCAGAACUACUCCAGUCAAUUCGGACUGCGUUGCAAGCCCAGCAACCAGUGUCAGAAGAAGCUUCGCCCGGAUUACCCAGCCUUCCGCAUCUUUCUGUCACUGCCAGUCCUGUGCCAACACCCAUCGAUGUUCCGGUCCAGCCAACGGUCGUAUUUGCAUCCGUGCAUGUUCCUCCCAAGAUCAAGUCGAGCGAUGAUGUGCAAUACAUUACCCCCUCGGAAGCUAUUCAAGACAAGGUUCUUUUCAUCAUCAACAAUGUGGCCCGAAACAACUUGAAAACCAAAACAGCCGAUUUGCUGGAAUCACUCACCGAUUCCAUGUAUGAGUGGUUCAGCAGUUACUUCGUGGUGAAACGCAUUAGCAUCGAACCAAAUUAUCAUGAUCUUUAUCUGCUGCUACUCGAUGGUGUAGGCAGUCGGCUCUUGUUUGAGCAUGUCUUACGCGAAACCAUUGUCAAUAUCCAAAUCCUCUUGAAUUCGGAGAAAACUGCCUCUUCCUCCUCGGAACGAAGCUUGCUAAAGAAUUUGGGUGCAUGGCUAGGUGCAUUGACGCUCGCGAGGAACAAGCCUAUCAAGCAUAAACACAUUGCCUUCAAGGAUCUUUUACUGGAAGGUUUUGAUUACAAUCGUUUGAUCGUGGUGAUUCCUUUUGUCUGCAAAGUGCUGGAGCAAUGCAGUAAAAGCAGGGUGUUCAAGCCGCCAAAUCCAUGGUUGAUGGCGAUCAUGCGAUUACUUGUGGAGCUCUACGAGUCUGCCGAUCUUAAACUCAAUCUCAAGUUUGAAAUUGAAGUUUUAUGCAAAAGUUUGAGUCUCGAGCUCAAAGAUAUUGACGCGACCUCCAUUCUGCAAGAUCGACCGGCAAGAGAUAAAAUAAAGGCGACUUUUAUGGCCACCGACGAGAAACUCGUCAAUGGACCCGUGCACGGUCUGCCGGCCAUGAAUGCAUUGGGCAGUGCGAAACCACUGCUUUCGGUGUCAGCGUUGGAAACGGGGCUUAAUCUACCUGUGGAAGAAUCGCCGAUCGCUCUUCCGAACCUAGCACCUUACAUCAAGUUUAAUCCUCAAAUCAUCUUUUAUACUCAACAACCUGUAUCGAAACGCUGGGUUCUUCAAGCCAUUACCCAAACCAUCCGCGAAAUUAUCGAUCCUGUGGUGGAACGAUCCGUGGCGAUUGCUUCAGUAUCGACCCGUGAGCUGGUGAACAAGGACUUUGUGAUGGAAGGCGAUGAGAACAAGAUGAGAAAAGCCGCUCAUUUGAUGGCUCAAAAUUUGGCAGGAUCGCUCGCCAUGGUGACUUGCAAGGAACCAUUGCGUCUCAGUUUGACUGGAAACUUGCGAACCAUCUUUAUGGCGAAUGGACUGUCAGAGGCUGUGGCUGGACAAGCCUCGUUAAUCACGGUGGCGGACAAUUUGGAUUUGGUUUGUGCCGUGAUUGAAAAGGCGGCAAUGGAUAGAGCCGUGAUGGAAGUGGAUGAAACGUUGAUGGCGGCUUUCCUUAUGCGCAAGAAACAUCGGGAACAGCGACCUGGCCAAGCUUUUUACGACAUGGAAAUGUUGAGCAUGUCAAGAUACCCUACAGCGUUACCUAGUCCUCUGCGUGCAGCUCCCAACGGUCUUCAAUUGGCUCAGUUGCGUGUUUAUGAGGACUUUGCCAGAAUCCCGCGAACGACCGCCGUCGUUGGUUCGGCAGACGCGGAGGCUCCGGGACAAAAUCGAUAUCCCAACUACGGUCAUGGUUACGGUGGCAAUGGUACUCCCGUGACGAUACCUGCAGCUGCUGCGACUGGAAUGAACGGGGUGCCUAACCAAGUGAGUGCGCAUCAAAUUCUUGAACGAUUUGCUCAAUACAUCAGCGAACUGGAAGGAUUGGUGAGUCAAACGAAUGUGGCAAGCUUUGCAUCACUGCCGGCACGGCACGAUAUCCGUUUAAUUAUACGACAAAUCUUGGUCCUGGCGGUAUCGAGUUUUGACAAGACGGAAGCGGCUCGAACGUUUGCGCAAAAAGUGGUUCAAUUGCUGUACAAGAGUGAAACCCAGCUGGGACGCGAAAUGUAUGUGGUCCUUUUGGAACAACUGUGCGAAAUCUCGGCAAACGUGGCGGCUUUGGUGAUUUCGUGGCUCACGCAUGCAGACGACGAACGCAAAUACAAUGUACCUGUGACGGUGACGUUGAUCAAGGCAGGCCUGGUCGAUCUCUCUGAGCAGGAUCAAGUCCUCGCCACGUUGAUCGAUGCGGGACGAGCGAGCGCCAUUGACUUUGCGGCCCGGUUAAUUCUGAGCUGUUUGUCGGAAGAACCACCAAUCGCGACCGAGAAGGAGUAUGCGAUGUCAUUAGAAGCGUUCCAUCGUCUGCCUGGUAAUCCACCCGAAAGUGUGAUAAUGUUAUUGGAGGAAGUGAAGCGACGAAGAACCAAGAUGACUCCCUCCCAUUCGUUGCAAGAAGAAGAAGAAGCUGGUCUUCGUGAACGUGUGCAGUUCCUCUUUGCUGAAUGGGUGCGAUUGUAUCAGCAUCCAUCUACCACAGAGAAAGCCCAUGUCGCCUUCAUCACUCAACUCGCCCAGCAGCACAUUUUCAAAGUGGAAGAUGCUGCCUCCUUAUUUUAUCGCGUAUGUGUUGAAGCGUCCAUCGAGCACGCAUUAAAUUUCAAACCGAUUCCUGGCCAAUCACCCGGAUUGGCCUAUCAGCCCAUUGAUGCUUUCUCAAAGUUGAUUGUCGGUCUGUUGAAAGUGCCCAUGGAAGGCAGUCUGUAUGCAGACAAAGUCGUCUUUUUCGACAAGGUGGUAUCUGUGAUUGUCCUCGUCCUGGCGCAUCAUCAUGAGCAGCGACAACAACCAUUCGAUCAACGUCCAUUUUUGCGAAUGUUUAGCAGCUUGCUAUCCGAUUUACACGCCAAUGAACAGCAAUUGCAACCCAUUGGUGUCUCUUUACUACUGACACUGAGCAAUAUGUUCCACACAUUACGACCGUCCAACUUGCCGGGAUUUGCCUUUGCCUGGAUUCAGUUGAUCUCUCAUCGGUUAUUCGUUCCCAAGCUGUUGCUUGCAGAAAAUGAAAAGGGAUGGCCAGCAUUUCAACGUCUGUUGAUUGAUCUAUUCCAAUUUUUGGCUCCAUUUUUGCAGGGAACAGUAUUGCAAGAUACGACACGCAUGUUAUAUCGCGGCACUUUGCGUAUUCUGCUUGUCCUGUUGCAUGAUUUCCCCGAAUUUUUGUGCGACUAUUAUUCCAGCUUGUGUGAUGUGAUUCCGCAUACUUGUAUUCAACUUCGCAAUCUUAUCCUCAGCGCCUUUCCAAGACACAUGCGUUUACCUGACCCUUUCACGCCGAACCUGAAAGUCGAUCUCUUGCCUGAAAUCAACCAAGCCCCCCGCAUUCUGUCGAAUUACCUUGAACCUCUAGCUGUCGAUACGUUCAAGCAAGACCUGGAUGAUUACCUGGACUCGCAACAGCCCGCGGCAUUUUUGGAGCAAUUGAAAGAACGUUUUUGUUCCAAAGAUGAGUUGGACGGAUCCGUGACCUACAACGCCACGAUGUUGAACGCUUUGAUCUUGCAUGUUGGUUUGCGUGGCAUUGAGCAAGGAAUUCCCGUCAAUCAAGGCGCGCCCAAAGAAAUAUUCCAAAGAUUGCUGUCCGAUUUGAAUGCGCAAGGUCGAUACUUUUUCAUUAGCGGGAUCGCGAAUCAAUUACGAUUCCCCAACAGUCAUACCCAUUACUUUAGCUGCGUUCUUUUAUAUUUGUUUGCGGAAUGCUCCGAGGAAAGGAUCAAGGAGCAGAUUACACGAGUCUUAUUGGAGCGGCUUAUUGUGAAUCGACCGCAUCCAUGGGGACUUUUGAUCACCUUUGUGGAACUUAUCAAGAAUCCACGCUACAAUUUCUGGAGUCAUUCAUUCACUCGUUGCGCGAAGGAUAUCGAGCGCCUUUUUGAAAGUGUUUCUAGGUAA